AUGCCGCCGAACGGGGUCGCCAAUGGCAACCAUGCAAGCCGACGCCCAGAUCUUGGCCUCGUUGCCGACGAAGACGCCGUUUACGAACAAGACAUCAUAAGAGAUCCCGGCAGUACGAAACCCUGGCUAGCCUACAUUCAGUUCAAACUUCAGCAUGGCACACUACAAGAGCAAGCCUUCGUUCUCGAGAGGGCUUGCCAGCAGCUCCCGAGGUCUUACAAGCUGUGGAAAAUGUACCUUCGAUUUCGUACGAAACAUGUCUCGAAACUCAAUGCUGCCGUCUUUGUCGCUGAAUACCGGAAGGUCAAUGCGCUGUUCGAACGAGCCUUGAUUCUUUUGAAUAAAAUGCCACGUAUAUGGGAAAUGUACCUCAAGUUCUUGCUGCUGCAACCCAUUGUCACUCUGACGCGACGGACAUUUGAUCGAGCAUUGCGUGCGCUUCCUAUUACACAGCAUAACAGAAUUUGGGCCAUAUAUCGCCCAUUUGCAAAUUCUGCUGGGGGCGAUACUGCGGUCAAGAUAUGGCGACGCUAUAUGCAGAUUCAUCCUGAAGAUGCGGAGGAUUUUAUUGAACUUUUGACGCAAGUAGGCUUAUAUACCGAAGCUGUCCAAAAGUAUAUCGAUAUUCUCAACAAUCCGCGGUUCAACAGCAAACAGAGCAAAGGUCACUAUGAGUUGUGGAGUGAAGUGGUCGAUUUGCUUGUGGAACAUGCUGCAGAAGUUGAGACUGGUCAUGAAACUGGUAUUGAUGUCGAACGAAUUAUUCGAAGUGGGAUCGACCGCUUUGCUGAUCAAAGGGGAAAGCUCUGGUGCGGCUUGGCUACAUAUUGGGCAAGGAGAGGAAGUUUCGAACGUGCAAGAGAUAUAUUCGAAGAGGGCAUAACAACUGUCAUGACUGUUCGCGACUUCACGCUCAUCUUCGACACAUAUGUGGAGUUUGAAGAGUCGAUCAUCGGCGCACUCAUGGAGAUGGCAUCUGCACGCGCAGAAGAAGGAAUAGCAGACGAAGAUGCCGACUUCGACCUCGACAUAAGGAUGAUGCGCUUCGAACAGCUUAUGGACCGACGGCCCUUCCUUCUAAAUGACGUUUUACUCCGACAAAAUCCAAACAACGUCGCGGAAUGGGAGAAACGAGUGGCUCUAUGGGGUGACAAUAAAGUUGAGGUCGUGCAGACAUACACCAAUGCCAUUGCUGCCAUCCAACCGAAAAAGGCAGUAGGCCCCUUCCACCAGCUGUGGGCAAACUAUGCCAAGUUCUAUGAAAAGGGAGGUGACAUCCGGAAUGCGAGGAUCAUCAUGGAGAAAGCUGUCAAAGUUCCGUUCAAGUCAGUUACCGAGCUUGCUGAUAUGUGGAUUGAAUGGGCUGAAAUGGAGCUUCGUAACGAGAACUUUGACGAGGCUGUUAAGAUCAUGGCCAAGGCUGUACAGGCCCCGAAAAGGUCAACGGUAGAUUACUAUGACGAGACUCUCUCGCCCCAACAGCGGGUGCACAAGAAUUGGAAGCUAUGGAGCUUCUAUGUGGACCUAGUUGAGAGUGUCAGUUCUUUAGAGGAGACGAAAAAGAUCUACGAACGGAUAUUCGAGCUUAGGAUUGCCACACCGCAGACCGUAGUCAACUAUGCUAACCUGAUGGAGGAACAUAAGUACUAUGAAGAGUGCUUUAAAAUAUUUGAGAGAGGGCUGGACCAUUUCAGCUAUCCAGUUGCCUUCGAGCUUUGGAACCUGUAUUUGACCAAGGCCGUCGAUCGAAAGAUUGGGAUCGAGCGACUACGCGACCUCUUCGAACAGGCCGUAGAAGAAGUUCCAGAGAAGUUUGCUAAGGUGCUAUAUCUCAUGUAUGGUAACCUCGAAGAGGAACGCGGACUCGCGCGGCAUGCAAUGCGUAUCUAUGAGAGAGCAACAAGGGCAGUCUCUGAUGAGGACCGUGCGGACAUGUUCAACUUGUAUAUCACGAAAUCCGCCUCCAACUUUGGACUUCCUUCUACCAGGCCGAUCUACGAAAGAGCUAUUGCGGCCUUACCCGAUGAAGAGGCUCGAGACAUGUGUCUAAAAUUCGCUGACAUGGAGAAACGUCUUGGCGAGAUCGAUCGCGCUCGUGCUAUCUACGGCCACGCUUCACAGUUCUGUGAUCCUCGAACCAACCCGGCAUUCUGGACCAAGUGGGAGCAGUUCGAAGUCCAGCAUGGCAACGAGGAUACCUAUAAGGAAAUGUUACGCAUCAAGCGCAGUGUCCAAGCACAAUACAAUACCGAUGUCAAUUUCAUUGCAUCUCAAGCUAUUGCGCGCAGUCAGCAGGCCCGCGUGGCAGAGACGAAUGGGGACACGGAUGUUGGAGAUGCCAUGGAGCAACUUGAGCGUCAAGCACGCGCCCCGGCAGGUUUUGUGGCCUCGAGCACGGGAAUUGCCGGAACACUACCAAAGGAGCAGCCCGCGGUAGCAUCGAAUCCGGACGCUAUUGACAUCGAUGGCAUGGAUGACGACUGA